AUAGAAUAAUUUAUGAAAAAUUUGCAUUUUCAAAUCAGUCGAGCUUCUAAUAUUUGAUUUAAUUUGACGAACGGCUGUACAUUUUUCGAAGAAUAGUGAAUUCCUGUUACGAUAAUUGGUAUUCAGAACGUAUACUCUUCCGUUAAGAGCUGCCGCUUUAAAAUCCAUUACGAUGAUAAAGAGUUCCUAUACAGAAAAUCGGCCACGUUUGCAAUUCUGGAGAGUGUUGCAAAUUGUGUGUGCUAUAUGUGAAUUGGUAAUUUUGACACAUUUGCUAAAUAUAUUUGAUUUAUAAAUAAUAUAAAACGUGAACUGGCAGUCUGUUACGGUUAGCUGACAAGUAUCAGGGUCUUUACAUGCGCGCAUAAAAAUUUGAGAUUUAGUAAGAUAAAGAAUUUUAUAACCUGAAAGACUUAUUAUGGUAUUCUAAUGUGAUGUUUUUUUUACGUAUUAUCAAUUUUCAAUUUAGUAGAAUCAAGCAAAUACUAGCCGACACAAAACCUCUAUAUUAUUCUAUGGUCUUGGAGUAAAACUUUGGAAAUGGCCAAUGACGCAAUUUUGAGCGAGUUUUGUUGCUUUGACGUGGGAAAAGAAGAAAUUCACGUUGAGUUCAUGGUGAUACCAAAAAAAAAAGAAAGGAUAAAACGUGUCACGUGACAAAUGAAAUUUUCUGAAGCUUGAUUCCUUCGGGACUAUCAUCUGUGUCAAAAAUUGAAUGAAUUAUCUGUAUUAAGUAUUAUAAAAAAUUCUUGUCUAUCUUUUACGAAAAAAAAAGAGGAAAAUUUUGAUUAACCAUAAAAUGCAAAAUGGCAAGAUUUCCGCGACCCCGCUGGAUAAGAAUCUUGAGUGUAUCAGCUGUUGAAAAUUCUUGCAGAUAUUCUAUGCCCUUGGGAAAAAUUUGGUCCAGACUCGCAUCCUGCGAAUGUCCACCGCCAAAGAAUUCACGUGAUGCAAAAUGUCCUCCACCUGCAUCUUCACCUUUAGAGGAUCCUUGUUCGAAGACUUGUCCACCGCAUGAACAAACACUACCUCCAGCUCCUUGUCCUUGCCCAGAACCUACGGAUUGCGGGUCAAAUGAUCAAUCAUCCCACGUGAGGCUAUGGCGAAUUAUUACACUGUUGGCACUGCCAGUGAUACUGUUAAUGUCAUCCCAGGUGUAUCUGAAGCAACAGGAGGAAAUGACAGAACCAAGACCAGAAUAUAUACCAUAUGAGUACAUGUACCGGCGCACAAAGUCAUAUCCAUGGGGCGACGGGAACCAUACAUUAUUCCAUAAUCCUCGUUUGAACGCCGUACCGCCAGAUGGAUAUGAAGUUGAAGAUCCAUACGCGAGCAAACAGAAGAAUAAGAGUAAUUAAAUAUUUUGAAUAAAUUUAUUAAAUACGGAAGCGAUGACAGGCAAUGGUUAAAUAAAGUUUUGCUCGUUCUGAAUA